GUGCCCCACAAGAUGCUUGUCUACACGCAAUAGUGAGAGACUAUGCCCUGAAAACCAUCCCAAUGGUCUUCAAACAGUCUCCUCCAGACGAACCACGUGUAUUCGCUGUGCUUACUACUGUCGAAGAUCAUAUCAGUUAUAAUG